UUUUCAUUUCCUCAUGGGGAAAAGCAGCACAGUAUAGAAAAAAGGCAGACACAACAUACUGAACCUCUGUCACUAUGGGGAACUGGGCUGUCAACGAGGGGCUCUCCAUCUUUGUCAUUCUGGUGUGGCUGGGGAUGAACGUCUUCCUCUUUGUCUGGUACUACAGGGUUUAUGACAAUGGAGAAAAGUACUAUUACACUCGAAAACUUCUUGGGUCGGCUUUGGCCUUGGCCAGGGCCCCUGCAGCCUGCCUGAAUUUCAACUGCAUGCUGAUCCUGCUGCCUGUCUGCAGAAAUCUGCUCUCCUUCCUCAGGGGUUCCAGUGCGUGCUGCUCAACAAGAAUUCGAAGACAACUGGACAGAAACCUCACCUUUCAUAAAAUGGUGGCGUGGAUGAUAGCACUUCACACUGCAAUCCAUACCAUUGCACAUCUGUUCAACGUGGAGUGGUGUGUGAAUGCCCGAGUCAAUAACUCCGACCCUUAUUCAAUAGCUCUCUCUGAAAUUGGAGACAAAGAGGGUGAAAAUUAUCUCAAUUUUGCUCGAGAAAAAAUUAAGAACCCUGAAGGAGGCCUGUAUGUGGCUGUGACUCGCUUGGCAGGCAUCACUGGAAUUGUUAUAACACUGUGUCUUAUCUUAAUUAUCACCUCCUCUACCAAAACCAUCCGGAGAUCUUACUUUGAAGUGUUUUGGUAUACACACCAUCUCUUUGUGAUCUUCUUCAUUGGUCUUGCCAUCCACGGAGCUGAACGGAUUGUACGUGGAGAGACUGACAAGAGUUUGAAUUACACUGGGAAAAAUUCAUGUAAAGACAAUAUCACACAGUGGGGAAAACCAGGCUGCCCAGUUCCGGACUUCGCUGGGAAUCCUCCUAUGACUUGGAAAUGGAUAGUGGGUCCCAUGUUCCUGUAUCUCUGUGAGCGGUUGGUCCGGUUUUGGCGAUCUCAGCAGAAGGUUGUCAUCACCAAGGUGGUCACUCACCCUUUCAAAACUAUCGAGCUACAGAUGAAGAAGAAGGGAUUCAAGAUGGAGGUGGGUCAGUACAUUUUUGUCAAGUGCCCCAAGGUGUCCAAGCUGGAGUGGCAUCCUUUCACACUGACCUCUGCCCCUGAGGAAGACUUCUUUAGCAUCCACAUCCGCAUUGUUGGGGACUGGACAGAGGGACUAUUCAAUGCUUGUGGCUGUGAUAAGCAGGAGUUUCAAGAUGCCUGGAAACUACCUAAGAUAGCCGUUGAUGGACCCUUCGGUACAGCCAGUGAAGACGUGUUCAGCUACGAGGUGGUGAUGUUGGUGGGAGCAGGGAUUGGGGUCACGCCCUUCGCAUCCAUUCUCAAGUCGGUCUGGUACAAAUACUGCAAUAAUGCCACCAAUCUGAGGCUCAAAAAGAUCUACUUCUACUGGCUGUGCCGGGAUACGCAUGCCUUUGAGUGGUUUGCAGACCUGCUGCAGCUGCUGGAGUCCCAGAUGCAGGAGAGGAACAAUGCUGAUUUCCUCAGCUACAACAUCUACCUCACUGGCUGGGAUGAGUCUCAGGCCAAUCACUUUGCUGUGCACCAUGAUGAGGAGAAAGAUGUGAUUACAGGCUUGAAGCAAAAGACUUUGUAUGGACGGCCCAACUGGGAUAAUGAGUUCAAGACAAUUGCGAGUCAACAUCCUAAUACCAGAAUAGGCGUGUUCCUCUGUGGUCCUGAAGCCUUGGCUGAAACCCUCAACAAACAGUGCAUCUCCAACUCUGACUCUGGCCCUCGGGGAGUGCAUUUCAUUUUCAACAAGGAAAACUUCUAACUCUUCCAUGAGGAAACAAAUAUAGGUUAUUCUGUAUCAAAUGCCCAAAUAAUGUUGGUUGGAUGUAAGCUCCCUCCUCUUAAAAAAAAAAAAAAAAAAAAAAAAAGGAGGAAAAGAAACUAUAAUGUAAUGGAUUCCAUGAAAGGAAUAUCAAUGCUUGUUUUCGAGUGAGAAGUUACAUUUUUAUGGCGCUUUAGGGUUUGCAAACUACUUUUACAAACAUUAUUUCAUCUCUUUCUUCCCAUAUUGUCAGAAGGAGGUGGGACAAUGAUACCUGACUCAUUUUUAGGCUAAAACAAUGGGGCCUUGAAAGGGUUCAAUAGGUUCCUUAGGAUUAUGGACCAGGGGAGCCAGCGAAGAGUGCCUUUUCUCCUCAUCCAUCUGCAGAGACUGGGUCUAGGCCAUCUGACUACAAAUUUGGUAACCUUCCCACAACACCAGGCUGCCUCAAAAAUCAGUUUUUAUACUCUUCCAAAGAAACAGAAAACCAAUCCUUUCCCUUUUGUGUCAUCUUUUAAAAAAAUCAAUAUUGCCAUAUUGAAAAUUUUCCAGUUAGCUGGGGAAUGAGAUAUGCUGAGAGUGAUUUAACACUUCCUAGUGACAGUUUUGACAUGUCAGCAUAUUCCAGUUUCCAACACAGCAGCCUAAUUGAGUCAGAGAUUCAACCUACAAAUGAAUAUUGCAGAGAUUGAAGUUAAUCAACUAGUUAGCAUUUGCCAUGGUGCUUGGCAGAGAGUGGAUACUCAAGAAGAGUUUGUUGAAUGAAUAAAUGAAUGAAAAAACAUUCAGAACCGGGUAAUGUCAGAGUAGAACUAAUAGAAGGACUUACACAGAAUUCCCUAAGGAAAUAACUUUUGUUACUCUUAUGGAGCAAAGGAUGCUGGUUCUCCUGAGGGUAGAGAACAGACUAAGGAUACUAACCAGUAAAUGGCCUGGAGAGUUCCUUAGGCUACUAUUUGAAGCAAGGAAUGAGAAAUGGAGGCAGAGAACUGGUCUCUUGCCUUUACUCAACCUGGCUUCUCUAGUUCUGGUUCCUAUCCUAUGAAAGAAGAGCACACUGAUUUACUGAUAGCAAUAUUCUCCUCCAGUCAAUCUUCGUGAAUUUCAAACUUGAAAUUUGUGACAAAUAUGUAUUUAAUAAUGUGCAUCUAGCUUAAAUACAUUCCACUCCUUGUUUUACUUUUACACACACACACACACACACACACACCCAAGUGGAUCUUAUGUGUGUGACUAAUGGUUUAUUUUUAUUGUAUCAUCAUCAUCUCCUCCUCCCCCUCCUUCUCCUCCUCCUCCUCCUCCUCUUCUUCUUUCUUUUCCUCUUCCUAAAAUGUACAUCCUACAAACUAAAAUCCCCAGUUAACUGUGUUGAUAUUGAAUUCACAUCCAAUAGAAUGUUCUGGAUAUCCAUGAGUUCAAGAAAGAGGAUCUAAAUCACUGUUAGUAAGACCAGAGCCUUUUUAAAGAACUGCUCCCAUUUCUGGGAACUAAAAACUGCUUUAUUUACCCCCACUUCCUGAGGCUGCAGAUAUUUAGAACUAUAUAGCUUUGGUAAUGAGGAAGAAAGAGAAGAAAGCAGGGGGAGGGGAAAAUAAAUUCCUUAAGGGUAAGGAAGAGAACAGGUGAAUGAGAAAAACAAAAAACAAAUCAAAACAACAACAACAACAAACAAAAAACAAAACAAAAAACAGAAGGGGCAGCUGAUUUCACAUUGGUCACUUCUUACACCAGAUUUCUUUUCUUUUCUUUCUUUUGGUACUGGGGAUUGAACCCAGGGGUGCUCUAUCACUGAGCUACAUUCCCAGUUCUUAUUUUUUAUUUUGAGACAGGGUUUUGCUAAGUUGCUGAGGCUGGCCUCAAACUUGAGAUCCUCCUUCCUCAGCCUCCCAAGUCCCUGGAAUUACAGGCCUGCACCACCAUAGCCAACUACUCCAGAUUUCUUAAUUUUGCAUAUAAUGAAUAUAAUGAAGGAGGCAUACAUAGAUUUAUCUUAUGUUGAUUACAUAUGAUAUUGAAUCUUUUAAACUCUGGUCACAAAUUUUGAUGCCAAGUGGGCAUAUUCAGGAGACUGGAAUGAACUAAGUAAGAAAGUUGUUUGUUGUAGUGCUACUGUUCCUUUGGUCCCCCAGGAUUUCAGGGCAUUGAGGGCCAGUUGUGAUAAAUAAGGCCUUCCUGGAUGUGUGAAUGUUGCCUCUAAGAAGUGUACAGAAGGUUUCCACUGGAAGAAAGUUCGAUUCAGCAGCCUAGGUAUAAGUUCAACACAUUUAUUGUACUAUUACUAUGGCUCUGAUACUGUGUGCAUAGUUGCAGUGCUUUCAAACCAAAGUGUGAGCAGGAAGAGAAACCUCAGUUUUAAGGGCACUGCGCAUACUGGUUCCUUCUAACUUAGAUGUCAGAAGUAAAACCAGCUCCAGUCAUUGCUCUGAGAAUAUUUCUCUGGAGUUUUCUACCUUUGACAACAACACAGUUAGCAAAAUAGAUCUUCCCUGUGUUAUUCUGGUUAUGAGAUGAAAAAUGAAUGUAAAAGUGCUUAUCAUUAUAAGAGCUUCCUUCUCUAUUCUUCUCCCAAGUUCCCAGCCAUCAGUGAUCAGCUUGCCAGUACAGCUUUUUUUAGUGUUUAGUAUUUAGCAUUAAGUAACACAUGCUGAGAGAAUAAUGAAGCAUUGUUUUUAAUCUCAAGGUUAUGAAGGCUUUUCUUAAUUCUGCUUUUGCAAUAUUGUGUUUAUGAAAUUUGAAUUCUUGCAGGCAUUGCAUGUGAAUAGAUUUUUUUUGGAGAGAGGAUCUGGGAGAUAGUUUCCAGGAUGAACUAUUAAAACUGUUGUUAACCAUUAAAAAUAAUGAGCUCUC